CCCCUUUCUACAGUGUCAUCACAGCACGGCACUAAAUACGUCAUAACUUUAGCACGCAGACGGAAGUGCGCAACCCCGAGUAAAGAGUGUAAAUAGAGGUAAAUGUGUGCCGAGUGCAGCUAGCAGCCGAAAUGUCCACCGGAGUUGGGAAACAUAAGAUGCUGGCCCUUGGGCCGACAGAGCCGUGGUCCAUCCGGGAGAAGCUGUGCCUGGCAUCCUCAGUGAUGAGGAGCGGAGAUCAGAACUGGGUGUCCGUGAGCAGAGCCAUCAAACCUUUCUCCGAGCCAGGCCGCCCUCCAGACUGGUUUUCUCAAAAGCACUGUGCUUCGCAGUAUUCAGAGCUGCUGGAGACCACAGAGGCCCCGAAGCGGAAGCGUGGUGAAAAGGGAGAAGUGGUGGAGACCAUCGAGGACGUGAUCGUGCGCAGGCUGACGGCUGAGAGAAUAGACGAGCUCAAAAGACUCCUCAAAGACACCCAGGAGAAAUACAGGAAGCUGAAGAAGGAGGUGGAUUUGAUUCAGGCAGGACACAUGGACUCCAAACUGGAGGAGCUGUGGGGAGAGAUUGAACAAAAAAAGAAGCAGGAGGAGGAGGAGGCCGAGCAGAAGAGGAGAGCUACAGAGUCGGCUUAUCAGGCACGACAAGCCGCUAAAAACACAAAGAGGCACCCGAGCAUCACUGUCCGCUCUCCACUGGGGUCCGGUUCACCCAGCAUGGACCUCCCACAACCUGACACCCCUCAGCCGAUGAUAGACGAGUCGUGUCCCAGUCCUAUGGCACAGGGUGUUCCGGUGUUCAUGCCGGUGUCUGAGUCCACUGGCCCAGUGCAUAAAGAGGGAAGUCUGGGCGCUCUGAUAGACGAAUCCCCACAGAAGAAGCUCCCGAAUCAAAAGGCCACGCCCCCACCUUCUCCUUUGUUGUCUGAGCUGCUGAAGAAAGGUAGCCUCCUGUCAACCAGCCCCAGACUGGUGGUGGAGGGUGAGAUGGCUGCAGCUCUCAGUAACGGUGCUCAUGGUGUGGACAUUCAUGUCCCCGCAGCUGUUCAUUCCACCAGCCAUGAUGCCUCGACAGAUGCACCAACAUUAUCACGUUUGUUGGAAGGCGCUCCCCCAGUCCAGAUGCCAGCCAGCGCUGAGCCCUCUAACCCCCCCGCUGUAGCUCCUCCUGCUUCCGGACACCACUUUAUAUCCAGCACAGGAGCUGCGGUAGCAGAAUGUUCUGGUCCAGAGUCGGUGCUGGCGGUACAGUCUGGGUCAGAGCAGACGGAGGGGAGAGAGGGAGAGCUGGUGGAGGACCUGGUGGCUGUGUCUUACAUGGAGGAUGAGUUGGACCUGGAGACAGUGGGGGAUAUUAUAGCCAUAAUUGAAGAAAAGGUGGAUGACUCAGUGGAGGUGUUGGACGCGGCAGCAGUGGAGGCUGCUCUCUCUCUGUGCGAGGAGGCGGUGGCCGGGGGCCACUCUCUCUCAGACCCCUGGGAAUCCCAGCCCUUUAAACCACCCGAGCCAGAGUCCAGAGUUUUCACCGGUCCCCAGCUUAGCUCUCCCGCACCCUCACCCGUGCCCACUGCUAUCGUGGUGGAAUCUGUGAUGGUGGAAGAGGUAGGACCGACCGGAGCGUCUGAGACACCCACGGAGGCGUCCGAUUCUGCACCUCCGCCAGUUCCAGGAAACGUGAAAAGUGAGCCUGAGACGGCAGGCGACGAAGAGAGGGACAGGGAGGAGGACGGACCAAGGGAGGAGGAAGAGGAACAGACGGAGAACCGAACACCAAGUCCGUCGGUGAAGUGCGAGAGCGAGGAGUGGACGCAGCCGGAAGCCGAGACACCCUGCCUUGACUCGGAGGACAGCUCUGCCUCUGGGAGAGACCCGAAGGAGGUGAAGGAUGAAGACGGAGGGAGUGAGGUGGAUGCAGAUGAAGGGAUGGAGAUGAAAGAAUGCGGAGAGGGGCCAUAUCUUUCGGAGGUGGACCCGCCAGCCAGCGAGAGCGAGGACGGGUAUGGCACUAACUCCCAGCGCUACACCACCGCAGACUCCACCGCCAGCAGCCCCGCCUCAUCCCAGUUUUCAAUGUGUAGCGAGGAUCAGGAGGCUUUGCAGGCCCAAAAAAUCUGGAAGAAGGCCAUCAUGCUAGUGUGGCGUGCAGCAGCCAAUCACAGGUACGCGAGUGUGUUUCUGCAACCUGUAUCCGAUGACAUUGCUCCUGGCUACCACAGCAUCGUACACAGGCCCAUGGACCUGUCUGCGAUCAAGAAGAACAUCGAGACGGGGCAGAUCCGCACGACAGCCGAGUUCCAGCGAGACAUCAUGCUCAUGUUUCAGAAUGCAGUCAUGUACAACAGCUCGGACCACGACGUCUACCACAUGGCCCUGGAGAUGCAGCGUGAUGUCCUGGAGCAGAUCCAGCAGUUCCUGGCCACUCAGCUCAUUAUGCAGACGUCCGAAUCGGGCAUCAGCGCCAAGAGCCUGCGUGGGCGAGAGGCCAACCGUAAACAAGACCCUAACGACAAGAGCCUGAGUCCGGCACACAAAGAUGCACAUUUAGAGCCAGAACCAGCUGCCAUGCCCAGAAGGAAAAGGAACAACUCCAAACAAGAUACUAACAAACAGGACGGAGGCACCAGGGGGCGCCGCAGUGCUAUAGAGGCUGAUAUGAAGAUGAAGAAAUGACGAGAAAGUCCACAAGGCCUUACAGACUGAUCUCUCUCCCAGAAUGACCCUGGAGCUAUUACAGAACAAAGUGUGUGUGUGUGUAAUUGAUCUCGGUAAUCUAUCCUACCUUCACACUAGCAAACAACAAAUCUCUUGCAUAUGUAUAUUUUGUCUAUUGUGAAAAGCAGUAAUAGCUAUAAAUAUCUUCUAAAGCUUUGUCGUUCAAAAACAAUUGAAAUAUUUCAGUAAUUAGUGUGCAGUUUGGUUUAAUUGUAUGUUACAUGCUCUGCUUUGUACUAGUCGGUAGAUUAGCAAAGCAAGAUAAGUAGUGUACUAGCAACCAGAGGCAUCAACUGUCUCUGCUCCAUCCUUGCAAGCUUUAUUUUUCCUUGUAAUGCCUCUGUAGACAUGUAACAGCAGGGCACAGAUGACGGGAUGAGAUGAAACCGUGCUUGGGUUUUCUUACAUUUUUUGCUCAUCAGAUUUGGGGACUAAAGUUGAGCGAGGAACUGAAGAAACAUCAGUCCGCACGCGCUGUAGGAUUGGUCCGAGGAAGUCAUUUGGAUUUGUCGCUUUACAACUUUAUACGUUUAAAAAAAUAAAAAAUAAAUAAUCUCAUUUAGACGUUAUUCAAAAUUGUGGCUCCGCGUGACGCAGACACAUAUGUAGAAAAAUCUCUUGCUAGUGUGAACGUACAGUAUGGUACGGCUUUGUUUUUGGGCUGUUUACAGUCUUGACCGUCUAUCUUCGUUCUCCGAUCUGGGUGUGAACGUUCCUCAACGUGUAUUAGUUCUUCAGACUCUACAGCUGCAUGCGUCUUGAACACGGUGUCAGAUUCAGUAUAAGGAACGUUUAUGUGUUGGAGAAGCUUCAUCGUCUUGGUUCAUGAUCAAAGGUGUUUUGAGUAGCUGGAUAAAUAGGGGUGUGUGUGAUUAGUCAUGCUGUCAGCAGUAUCGUCUUUUCCAGGACACAGUGUCACUGGUCCCAUUAGAGUGAAGAGAAUGUUGUUCCUAAAGCUGAAGUCAGCAUUAUCUCUCUGCUGAAUCAGAAAACAAUACUAAACCAGUGUAGACAAAUUCACCACUAAUAAAGGAAAAGGUUUGGCGCAACAAAAUUUUUUUAAAAAUCACCCAGUUCGAUUAGUGUUUGGUGUCCAAGGUUUUGCUACGAAGUGAGUGUAGCUUUUAAUGUAGCCGUGGUCUCAAGGUGGUGGGGUGUGUGGUUUAGCACAGUGUGGCUUGCUGUAAUCUAUUAAACAUGAAAAAACUUCACCGAAUAGCUGAACACUGCCAUCUUAGACACCUGGAAUCGCUUAACAUCAUUCCAUUUCAUUUGUAAAUACGAGAUAGCAUAGCUGAUGAAAAUUUGGAUAGCAGUUAUACGCUCACCUGCCUCUUGUGUUAGAACCACUCCUGCAGUUAUCCAAUCAUCCAAUCACGUGGCGGCAGCAGCACAACCAAUCCACUCAUGCUAAUAUAAAUCAGGAGCUUCAGUGAAAAAGAGCCAGGUGAUGUUUAUCUGGUCUUCAGCCGUCCGGUUUCGGUGUCCAUUGUAGCCUCAAGAUUCCUGUUCUUGGCUGAAAGGAGAGGAACCUGAUGUGGUCUUCUGCUGUUGUAGUCCAUCUGCCUCAAGAUCUGCUCACCAAGUUUGAGAACAGUUUAAAGAGUAGUUAUUUGAGUUACCAUAGCCUUCCUGUCAACUCAAACCAUUCUCAAUAUCAAGGCAUUUCCACCUGCAGAUCUUCUGCUCACUGGGCUGGUUUUUUUGUUUUUGCAUCAUUUUGUGUAAACUCUAGAAACUGGUUGUGUGGGAAAACCCCAAGAGCUCAGCAGUAUCUGAAAUACUCAAACCAGCCUGUCUGGCACCAACAACCAUACCUCAUUCCAAGGCUGUGGCCACAUUUUUUUUCUUCCUUCUGAGGUUUGAUGUGAACAUUAAAUGAAGUUCUUGAAUUCAAGAUUUAUACACGUUGCAAUGCUGCUGCACGUUUGGUGGAUUGGUUAAUUGCAUGAAUGUCCAGGUGUUCUUAAUAAUGUGAAUGUAUUUACUCCAGUGAAAAAAAAAACUAGAUGUUUGAUGUCGAGCAUGUUCUUGGUUGACUGUGGUAAAAGGAAACCGUGAGUAAACUGUAUUUGUUUAAUCAGUUCAGUAGGUGUGCAGUCAAAUGUUUGUGCUCAAGUGACAACUUGUAGAUAAGAUCAAUUCCUAAGACAGGUUAAAACACAGCGAAGGAAACUUUCUAUAUAUAUAUUUUACAAAAUGUACAUGUAAAUGAACCUUUCUACUUGUUUUAAGUUAUGAGCUAAUAAAAAUUUAGAAAUUGUAUCUGGUUGUUUGAGCUUGUUUGUCCCAAACAGAUGUAAACACAAGUCUGCAUCUUUCAACAGAGUUUUGUUGAAAGGAUGUGUUAACUUUU